AUGAAUGAUCCAUUGAAUGACACAAAUCUGUCCACAAGUAGUACUGAUUCAAUAGACUUUACAACUGUUUCAUAUGACACAACGGUUGUGCCCACACAAGUGGAUGAUCUUAAGAUCACCACAACUGCCAAUUUGGUCGAUACGGAGACCACAACCACCGCCACUGACAUCACUGACAUCAAUGAUAAUACCAACGACAACAAUGGUGUCAAUUGUUCCCAUUGUCUUAACGCCAAGUAUUUCAACCAUUAUUACGCCAAAGGAUGUAAACCAGUCUUCGGUGACAAUCGCUGUAAGGAUUGUCCGAAAAUGUUUGAUUGCAUCGAAAAGAUUGAGAUAGAGUUAGGAAAUAAUGAGUGCUUAUUCAAUGGCAGCAAAUUCACAAUCGGAGAGCGCAUACCAGUGCCCAACCCGUGUCAAGUGUGUCAAUGCGGGUACGGAUACACACACCGAGUGGACAGUCAGCCCUUUACGACAAUACAUUGCGUAUCCGUCGAGUGUCCGGAAAACUUUGCGGUCCAUUCGUUCCCAUUGGCCGGACUCGAGCGCGACUUCGAGAGAGUCCACAACUGUUACAACGUUUACGAGAGCGGGAAGUGUUGCGCCGUUUCCAAGAAAUCGCGACUUCGAGAGAGUCCACAACUGUUACAACGUUUACGAGAGCGGGAAGUGUUGCGCCGUGCCGAUCCGGUCGACGAAGAGUUUGUCUGUCAAUACAAUGGGAAGAGCUAUAGAUUGGGCGAAAAGAUACACCCGAUUGACGACAAAUGCAAAGUCUGUGUUUGCGAUCAGAGCUGGAACUCAAACAAAACCAGUGAUAACAGCGGCUGUCGUGCCGUUCAGUGCAAUCUGGAGGUCGACCGCCAAUUGAGGGACGGAUGUCUACCCAUAUAUCACGAGAACACGUGUUGUCCCGUCGAUUACUAUUGCCGUUAGUUUUGAGCAAAAAAAAUACAAAUAUUU